AUGCGAGUGCCCUCAAUACUGACGGCGACCGCCCUUGUUGCCGGCUCCGCUCACGCCUUCUACCUGCCCGGCGUAGCCCCAACCUCCUUCGAGAAAGACCAGCGAGUCCCCCUGAACGUCAACUCGCUCACCCCAUCGCUCUCCCAUCAGGAUGACCAGAUCCACGCCGUAGUAGCAUACGACUACUAUCAUUCCACAUUCCGGUUCUGCAAACCCGAAAAGGGCCCGCAGUGGGUGCGCGAAUCGCUAGGCAGCAUCAUCUUCGGCGAUCGCAUUCGUACAUCGCCUUUCGAGCUGCAUAUGGGAAGGAACGAGACUUGCAAGUCGAUAUGCGAUAGUCGUGCAUUUGAUGAGCAGGCGGCGAGGUUUGUGAGGUCGAGGAUAUCCGAGGGCUAUCUGGUCAAUAUUCUGGUGGAUGGGCUGCCUGGUGCGGAGCAGGUGAGGGAUGGGUAUACAGGGGAGGUGUACUCGAGUCCAGGGUUUCCGUUGGGAAGAGUGACCGAGCAGGGAGAUGUGGUGCUGAACAAUCACUGGGAUAUUGUGGUGGACUACCACAGGGCGGGACUAAGAGGAGGCCGAUACCGUGUGGUUGGUGUACUGGUCCAGGCGCACUCUGAUGCAGAUGCGAGGAGGAUAGAUGGAGGAAAGGCGGAAUGUGGCAACGGCAAGAGGGAGCUCCUUCUCAACGAGAAUGGCGAAACAAAAGUCACCUACACCUACAGCGUCUACUGGAGGGAGAGCAAGACGGCAUGGGCUACCAGGUGGGACAAGUACUUCCACGUCGAAGACCCGAAGAUACACUGGUUCUCCUUGAUCAACUCGACCAUCUUCGUGGUGUUCCUGCUGGGCAUGGUCAGCACAAUCCUUCUCCGAGCGCUGAGAAAGGACAUCGCCCGCUACAACAGGCUGGACAACAUCAACCUGGACGACCUAAGUGGAACAAGCGCCGUCGGAGAGGAUGACAUCCAGGAAGAUUCAGGCUGGAAGCUAGUCCACGGCGACGUCUUCCGCAGUCCCCGCCAUGCACUCCUUCUAAGCGUCCUCCUCGGCAGCGGUGCCCAACUCUUUCUCAUGGUAGGCUUCACCGUCCUGUUCGCCAUGCUCGGCUUCCUGUCCCCCUCGAAUCGCGGCUUCCUCACCACAGUCGGGCUCCUUCUGUACACCAUCUUCGGCUUCGUCGGCGGCUACGUCUCCGCCCGCAGCUACAAGACCUUCGGCGGCGAGCUCUGGAAAGUCAACAUGGCUACCACGCCCCUCCUCGUCCCCGGCACCGUCUUUGGCCUUUUCUUCCUCAUGAACCUUAUGGUCUGGGCCAAGGGCUCCUCCGGCGCAGUGCCACUGUCAACCAUGCUCGCCCUCAUCGGCAUCUGGUUCGUCAUCUCCGUGCCCCUCAGUCUUGGUGGUAGCUGGUUUGGCUUCAAGCAGCCCGCCAUCGAGCCCCCGACUCGCGUCAAUCAGAUUCCUCGACAGAUUCCGCAGGUCUCGCGAAGUCUGAGUUUAUGGCCGAGCAUCAUGAUGACAGGCGUACUGCCCUUCUGCGCCAUCUUCGUCGAGCUGUACUUCAUUAUGACCAGCCUGUGGAGCAGUCGGAUCUACUACAUGUUCGGGUUCCUGUUCGUGGUGUAUGGGCUGAUGGUGCUGACGACCGCGUGCACGACGGUAUUGCUGGUUUACUUUAUGCUGUGCGCAGAGGACUACAGGUGGCAGUGGCGGGCGUUUGUGGGAAGUGGGAUGACUGGCGUGUAUGUAUUUGUUAACGCCCUUGGGUUUUGGGCGAUGAAGAUCAGUUUUGGGGGCAUGGUGGGAACGGUGCUGUACGUUGGUUAUUGUGCUUUGAUCGGAGGCUUGGUGGGAUUGUUGUGUGGCACGAUCGGCUUCUUCGCCGCGUUCUUCUUCAGUAUGAGGAUUUACAAGUCGAUCAAGAUCGACUGA